AUCAUAUUACUGUUGUUGUGCAUUAAAUAAAUGCAUAAAUUUUGCUUUAUGCACUCGCGUGUGCAGUAAUUUUGACAGUUGUGCUAUUUUAAAUUCCCAGGCGCCUAAAACUUUUGUGUUUAAAAUAAUGUCUAUUUCUUUGUAUAUAUCGAAGGUAUAUCAUAUAUAUUAUAUAUAUAUAUAUAUAUAUAUAUAUAUAUAUAUAUAUAUAUAUAUAUAUAUAUAUAUAUAUAUAUAUAUAUAUAUAUAUAUAUAUAUAUAUAUAUAUAUAUAUAUAUAUAUAUAUAUACAGGGUCUCUAAAAAAACGCUAUGGAAAUUCAACAGGCUGUCGUGCAUCAUAAACUUGGCUAAACAAUUCAAUUUUUAUGUCUUAGUGAGACAAUAAGAACAUGUUUAAUGAAACAUGGUUCAAUUAACCACUGAACAAAUAACAUUCGUAAUCAAAACGUUUUACGAAACAAAUGCCUUGCAGCAGGCUCGCGUUGGUUUCGGAUUGAUUAACUUUGCAUAAUUAAUGUAUUUUCAAUUCCCAACGGUGGAAGAAUGUGAUUUCGAUAUACAAGGUGUAUAAAAAAAAAACGCAACCUCGGAAUUUCCCAAGAAAUCGACAUUGUUUUAAAGACAAAAGAUUUUAGGCGCCUGGGAAUUUAAAAUAGCACAACUGUCAAAAUUACUGCACACGCGAGUGCAUAAAGCAAUAUUUAUGCAUUUAUUUAAUGCACAACAACAGUAAUAUGAUCUAUUAGCAAUUCGAUUUCAAUUCCCGGGGCCUAAAAUCUUUUAUGCUUAAGAAUUGCCAAGUGACUUCUUAGGAAAUUCCGAGAUUGCGUUUUUUUAUACACUCUGUAUAUAUACGCACAUAUUCAUUUGUAGCUACAAAGAAACCGCGAUCCACAAGGAAAACCACGUAUUUUGAUUACGUUGUUGUUUCUGGUAUUGCCAGUGGUGUUCUUUUCAUGAUAAUGGUCGUUUUGCUCAUUGUUGUGGUAAAAAGGUAAUUGUAUUCUAUUUAUCCCAAAACAACACAAUACUAUAGACAAUUGGUUAAAAGUGAAACAUAUUUACAAAGAUUCGAGGAUGAUCUGAUUAGACAAUAACCUACAAAUGGCAAUAGCUAAUCGUAAGAAAUUGAUAUAUAAACAAAUGUCUAACUGUCGGGGAUGGAGUGUGAAUAUUGAAUACUGGGUUUGUGAAGUAGUGUAGAUAAGAAUAUUGAUGGUAGGAAUAAAUAUUUGAGGUAGGAAUAUCAAUAUUUGAGAUAGGAGUAUAAAUAUUAACGGUAUAUGAAUAUGAAUAUUUGAAACAAAUUUGGAAUGAAUAUUUGUCCCCCCCCCCCGCUCUCACCUCCCGUCGACAGGUUUUAUAGCGAGGUAGGAAUAUUAAAUCAAGGGAAAAUAUUCCACCUCCGCCCUACAUAACUUGUUCACAGAACAUCGCAUGUUCAGGGGCGUAGGAAGCACCUGGAGUUUGGGGGGGCACCGGCUUGUAGGGGCACAUUACUAUCGGAAAGGGCACCUAAAAAAUUUUCCCCGGAAAUGUUGUCGACGGGGGGGGGGGGGAGAAAUUUCUCCUGAGGAAAAUUUUCCGUCGUAUCAUACCGAAAUUUAUGUUUGUGACCUAAUUUUUAAAAAAAAUUUGUAAAUUUUCACACAAAAACGGCACCUAUUGUUUUAAUUUAGUAUUUACAGCGACAUUAGCUUCUACAAAAGGGGCACUUUUCCUCACAAAAAAGGGCACUUUUCAACACAAAAAGGGCACUUUUUAUCACAAAAAAGGGCACUUUUAGUCCUUUAAAAAAAUUUGGGGGGGCACGUGCCCCCCGUGCCCCCCGCUUCCUACGCCCCUGCGCAUGUUAUAAUCAAUAUGUUUACUUGCGUUUUCAAUAUGUUUACUUGCGUUUUAGGAAAAGUGAAUACAGGAGGCACUUGAUAAUAGGAAACCAGCAUCAAGGUAUCAAAUCGUAAAUUUGAAUUUCGACCCACUAGAUCAGAUUUCUGACUAAAUAAAAUGCUUUAACUUGGGCAAAUAAGACAAACUUCGGCCUUGAUAAUCCAUCAUAUCGUGCUCAACCUCAUUUAGUAAUUGUUAAUGAAGGGUUGAAAGUUGAUAUUUACUGAAAUGAAAUACUGAACAUUUCACUGCAAAAACAGAUUGGUUGAAACAACCAACAAAUUGGUUAUCUCAGAUUCGAAAUGAACCAAAUUGUAAUGAACCUCAUUCAAAAUUUAAUCAAUCUGUUUUACUUCAUAGUGCUUACUUUGGUCUACUAGAUUGAGAAGCAGUUUUGAAUAUUCAUUUGACCAGACUAAAGGAUGGGUCCUGCAGUAUCAGUCGUUCAGGUUUUUAUCGUAUAUAAAUAAUGACGACUAUAUCUUCUUCAAUGCAGUUGAAUUGCCUUAUAUUGGUCAUAAGUUGUACGUGGAUCCGACAAUCUACGACAGCCCUGAAGAUGCUUUAAACGAUUUCGCCAGUGAACUUGAUCCAUCUGUACUGGUGCUGGAAAAAUUAAUUGGUGGAGGUAGGUACACAUCUUCAUUAAAAAUUCAGUGCAAGAUUGGUAUACCGUAUUUAAAGUAAGCACGAGAGGGUCCUGCAAAACGAGUGGACAUCCAUCACUAAUUUGUUGCUCAACUGUUACUGCAUAUUGAAAAUUUCAAAAUUUCAGGUGAAUUUGGAGAUGUUUACAAAGGAAUUAUGAAAUGCAACGAGGGAAAAGCUCUCACAGUUGCAGUUAAGACUUUAAAGGUAAAGGACACAUAUAUACAUCGAUACAAUGGCCCUGGGUACGAGAUUGACGUACAUCAACAUACAAAUGUCAUCACCGAGCUCUUCAAAAUCUAAGAUCUGAUUGGCUAAGAGAAGGGUUCCAAUUCUGAGUGACGGUUCCAAAUUGAGGGUUCCACAUCUGACUGGCUAACAGAAGUGCAAUUUUAUCGAAAUACAGUGUCAAAAAAGAAUUAUUAGGAUGUUAGGGUUUGUAAUCCAAGUGAGAAUAUAUACAUUUUAAGACCUAACCAGAACUAAGUUAUUCAUGUCAAAAAAGAAGUACUUGGCAAGCGCCAAAACAAAAGGCAUUUUGAUAAAUCAAAUUUCUAUUUCUUCCUGACUUGUAGACUGAUCACACUGCGAAGAAUGAAACCGAUUUCUUGUUAGAAGCUUCAGUCAUGGGACAAUUCGACGAUCCAAAUGUCAUCCGUCUCGAAGGAGUCAUUACAAGAUGUGAGUAUUGUAAAAUGCUGAAAAGAUAGAUCCAAAAAAUAAAGAACAAAACAGACCUGAUUCUGGAUUCCGAGAAACAUUACCUUUGCCAGAAGAUUAAAGAACAUUUUCACACAUACGUUGUGGGAGAACCUUGAGGGAUCGUUAUAUCAUACUUCCUUCUCCGCCAUUUAAGAUCGUUUAUUGUUGAAAUUUUACGUAUAAUGUACGGUCAAAUUUCCAAUUGUUUUUACACACCUUUGAGGAACAUUUGAGAAAGGCAAAUUCAGGAUCUGAGGAACAAUAAACACUUUUUCCACGUCUGGAACAAAAUAAUAAAUUUACAGGAUGAGCCGCAUCACAAUUUCUGGCAAAAAAAUUAUUCGAAUUUAACCAAAAUUUGCGAUAUUUAACCUAUUGAUUUUUUCCGAUUCUAUAUUACUUCUUCAAAUCUCAAACGAUUUUUGUUUGUAGCAUUCCCGCGCAUGAUCGUCACAGAAUAUAUGUCCAACGGAUCAUUGGAUCGUUUCUUGAGGGUUUGUAUAUUUUUGAGAUUUUGGGGGCAUCUCGCACGAUGGAACUAAUAGUUGAAGGUUUUUUGCAGAUGAAAAUUUCGAGUAGACGAUUAUAUAUAAUUUUAGACCAAACCAGGAGUAGUUGCGAAAAAUGCAAGUCUAAGGCCUCUGGCAGCUAGGAAUCGAACCUGUGACCCUGCGAUUCCGGUGGUAGGAGCGCUCUAACCAACUGAGCUACAGAGGCCAGUUCUCGAGCUCUUUGCAUUUGUUUUCCAUCUCAACCUAGGAUAUACUGUACUACUUUCAAAAAUCUUGAUAUUUCUAUGACACUACUAACAGUUAUUUUUUACUUCUCACAGUUAAAUGAUGACAACCUCACUGAGUUACAGUUGAUUGGUAUGGCAAGAGGAGUCGCAUCGGGAAUGGCGUAUUUAUCUGCAAUGAAUUUCAUACACAGGGUAAUGAAAAUAUUUUGCUCGAAAUACUUAAUUUAUCUUAUUUUACUAACACAAUAAGUUCUUUGUAUGUUUGCAUGGCGAUAAAACAUACAAUAGUUUUGUUUGUGGAAACACCACGUAAAUUUAUUACUGCAAAGCUUUCGAUCCGUAAGCCCGGAUCUUCAUCAGUGCUAAUAUUAUUAGCACUAAUGAAGAUCCGGGCUUACGGAUCGAAAGCUUUGCAGUAAUAAAUUUACGUGGUGUUUCCACAAACAAAACUGUUAUACAAUGUGCACAGUUUUCUUGUGCUAUUCAUUUGCUUCUCGUUGUAUUAGUUGGUGGUUCUGUUGAACAGUAUAUUUGAAUUAACAAUUAUAAUAUAGCAUUUGUAAAUUCUGAACGCUGAUUGGCUAAGAGCCGUGUCGAUAUAACUCAAUAUCAAUACGGAAACGUCGGAAAAUUUCUUUCUUUAUGUUUCUUUGUGCUACAUUCGGGCGGAGUGUUUUCACACAAUUUCGAGUUUUCCCAAUUUCCACGAGUGUUGAUAUAACUGUAUAUCAACACGGAAAAUGUUUUAUAUUUGUUAAAUAUAAAACACUUUCCGUGUUGAUAUAGUUAUAUCAACACGAGUGGAAAUUGGGAAAACGAGAAAUUUCCAGUUUUCCCAAUGUCCACGAGUGUUUAUAUAACUGUAUAUCAAUAUAGCACAAAGAAAUAUAAAGAAAUUUUAUGACGUUUCCGUGUUGACAUCGAGUUAUAUCAACACGGCUCUUAGCCAAUCAGCGUUCAGAAUUUACAAAUGCUAUAUUAUGUUUUCUAUAUGCCUUUACGCAUGGGCUACAAUUUUAAAUGAAUACGAGAUUUUUCUUACCCUUGUAGUGUCUAAAUGUUUACGGUUUGAACUAAUUUGGAGGAUUAUUGCCAACAUUCAAGGAACCCUUAAUAAUUAUUUUGUCGAUAUUUAUUAUUUUAGGAUUUGGCGGCAAGAAACAUUUUGGUCAAUGAUGAUUUACUAUGCAAGAUAGCAGACUUUGGUCUGUCGCGUUCCUUGGGGGAUGAAGGCUCAGAUGGCGAAUAUUCUAUUUCUGUAAGUGACACUUUCAAGACAAUGCAUCUGUAGCGUCCCGGGAUCCCAAUAAUCACUUCAACACACUCAGUUAGAAUCUGCUUUAUUAAGGAUAAUCUCUCUAUAUUUAUAGUCUAAAUAAAUAGGGCGUUUACAAUGACUACACAAUUUACAUAAACUGCGUCAAGGAUGCAUGGGCGAUACGGAAGGGAGUCGGCCUACCCGAAUAUGCUAAGUCAUCGACCCACGCGCAAAUAAUGCUAAUUCAUGUUACACAAUCGUAACACAUCUAAGAAUUUCACUCCAUCUUUAAUGAUUUGUUGGUUCGUAUCGGAUUUUGUUUUUCAGCAAAUCACUUUCACACACUAAAAUGAAAGUUUAAAGAGUUUAACAAAAACUUUGAUAAUAGUACAAACGAGCAUUGAGCACCAAGGGUACUAGGUGUGGAUCUCAGAUAAGAAAUUGCAGCGUUUCGGUAUCGGCUUUGUAUAUGAAUAUCGUUGUUAUAAUGUUUGCUAUGAAUUUAGGGAGGAAAGAUACCUGUGAGGUGGACAGCUCCAGAAGUGAUUGCAUACCGUAAAUUUUCAUCUUCAAGUGAUGUCUGGAGUUAUGGAAUUUUACUUUGGGAAAUAAUGUCGUUUGGAGACCGACCUUACUGGGAAUGGGAUAAUACGAAGGUAACCAUAUGCUCCACUUCGAGGAAAAUUUUGAUACUUCUAUUUUAAAAGUAUGGAAACACAACUUAAAAUGUAGCGGGAUGCCGUAAGAUCUUCCACUUUUAUGUUUCCAAUUUCAGGUCAUGAAAGAAGUGGAAAACGGAUUCAGACUCCCUCCUCCAAAGGUUAGUGUUGUUUUAUCUGAAGGCUGAAACAGUGAUGGAUUUACUGAGGAGUGCAGGGGGAUACGCAUCCCUUCUAGCCUUAGCAAAUGGCGGUGGCGUGCCAAUUUCCCCAUCAUAUAAUUUUUUGAUUUGGAAAUUCAAUUACAAAAACAAAAAUAAAAUAGAGACAAGAUAGGAUAGAAACAUGAUUAUGAAAUUAUCAAACACGACUCCAGACUGGUACCUAGCUUGCUACCGUAGCUCCCUCCAGUUAAAAUCGCACCUUGAACCAUGACCAAAGUUGGAUUGGAACAUUCCCUUCCCCCUCCUCUCCCGUAUCAGAUCUGAAUCUCUCGUUGACCUGAAAAUUUUUCAACAUUGGAAUAUAUACCGAAGAAUGGUCAACAUCGUAAAGCACACCGAGGAAUGGCCAAUAUGGAUAACUCUGUACAAAGCAUAGAUAUUGAAUUUGUCUCAAUAAUUAUACAUUCUUUGCGGGAAUUCAACCUUAUUUUUCACCCUAACAUUUAGGACUGUCCAAGAGGCAUCCACAACCUGAUGUUAUCUUGCUGGAAGGCCAAUCGUAGUGAGCGUCCCAAGUUUGAACACAUCAGCCAAGUGAUGAAUGGCUGGAUAAGAUCCCCUGAAACCAUCAAUGAAGAUCCACAGGAGUCUGUCAUAGGCGACUGGUUGCACUCCAUUAAGAUGGGAGAUUAUACUUCUCUGUUUCUCAGUGCGGGCUACGAGAGCCCGUAUCAACUCGCUGGAAUUGGGAACGAGGAUUUAUUGAAGAUUGGAGUGAAGCUUAUUGGUCACCGGAAUAAGAUACUCAAAGCUAUCAAGGCGUUUGAUGACAAGCAAGCCAAGAAAAAGACCUCACUCACAAGGGCUGAAUCUAUUGUAGUCUAAAGUGAUCAUUAAGACUACACUAAAACCGCAAAACCUCGGCCGCUAUGCGCGAAAAGCAUGAUGGAUUGAUUUGAUUACAAUAUGUAAUUCAUACUUCCGACACGCAGUAGUUAUGAUUGCUACGUCCUACCAGCCGUUUUGGUUUUUGCGUAAAAAAAGCGAUUUCUAAUUUACGAAUUCCCACGAGUCUCACCUAUUUCGUAUUUUAUUCGUAACCCUGAGAAGCAAUCCCGGCACAAUUUAUUGGAUUUUUAAAAUUUUUAUUGAACGUUGCAGAAAGUUGUUUGUGAACAUGCUUAUCAGUGUUUAAUUAACUCCUUUGGGAAUUAAAUUCACUUCAAUUGAUUAGCAAAACAUAACAAUUAGAUAACAUGUAUGCAUAAACAGUGUCCUAUAAUAAUAACACACCCAUUGUCCUUUUCGCGCUUAUAGGUCAGUGUUUUUGACAAUCAGAAGACAUUAAUUGAAUUAGCCGUAUAUUUUAGUAUCAAAACGACCGCAAUAAUUGGCUACGUAGGUAACGGUCACCCAGCCUUAAGAGAAAAGUAUAAAGAAUUCAUAGAUUUGGAGUUAGAGAUAGAAGUAGACAUUUCGUUAUACUAUAACAAAUAUUUAUAAGUCUUUGCGAGAGAAUUGGGAUUUAAUUUAAAAACUCUAGAAAGUAGCUAGGCCUUAAAAAAAUAGAAAACGUACUGAAGGUAUAAUGACAAAAGAGCCGUAACGCCGCAGGAGAAUGAAAGUUUUAAAACUUACAGCAAUGGAAACUGGGUGCGAGAAUAUGUUUCCAAAUGUUGAUAGAACUUAGAAUGUAAAAUACGGAAGAGUUAUACGUCAUGCAAUUGACGGAGGGAAUUAACAUUUUACCAUUAAAACUCCUAUAAUGAGGUUAUAUUAGAGAACGGUGUUAGAAUGUAUACUGACAGAAGUCCCUGAAUAUAGAAUUUUAUAGAACUGAAUUUUCCUAGUAUUGAAGCUAAGUAAAUAUAAUGGUACAUACCGCAAUACACAAUCACAAUAAUGUACGCGAAUAAAAAUAAGAUAAUAUUAUGACGCUGCAUGGCAUUAAUAUAAUUAUCUGCUGAAUUUCAUUAAUUACUUCGCAAUGUGAAUAAUCACUAUAAUGAAACACACAAAUUAGUAACUUAUGCCACUUGACGUGUAACUGAGCAACGUGACGUGUUUUUCAAUAUAAAUUCAGAUAUAGUAUGUGGUAUUAAUUUCCGACAAAUUCCGGAUCACUCCGACUUAAGUGCAUGGUGUUUCCUAGGGAACCAUUUCUAUAUUUGGAUACUAACUUUCAAUUAACUCUCAAGCAUUCCCACAUAUAAAGCGAAUCUGUUAAUCUCUAGAUGAUCCAAAGUUAAUAUGCUGCCAAUAUCAACACGUGCCGAUAUCUUCUUCAAUCCAGAAACGUUUAAGGUGGUGGAUGAAAGUUCAUAAUUUAAAACUUUUUAGCUUGAGUGAGGAAAGAUUUAGUAAUUCGUGUUUUAAUGCAUGCCGCAUAGUCAGUUUCUCAUUUUUGAUGCGACAUUAUUAAUGACAUAUUCAAGAGGCGAUAUCGGUCAGUGCGGUGUCUUUCACAGAGCAGAAUACCAACGCAAAAUUCCUUGACUUUGCCAACAUUUCCUAGUUGUUUCAUUCACAAUCGUUAUACGCCGUAGAAACUUUAUUUACUUUGUCGAAUGUUUGAUUAAACCAUAUAUGGUAUUUUUGGUAUGUAUAUUAUUUAAGAGUAGCUGCCGUCAACCACUUUGGGUAUCGGUAUAAAUGUCGCAAGGGCUUGAAGUGGUUUUUGACACUUCUUUUUUUAAAAAAUUCGCUAUCAUAAGCAAAACUUAACUCUCGAACGAAAUACACUGAUUACGUUUAAUCGAUAGUCCAAGUUACCAAAACAGUAUAGUUACUUAGUGAUCACAACAUGCCGACUUCAAAAUCGAUAAUAAAACUGACCGACUUCCCAUUCCAGUGAAAGACUGUAUUAUAGUUUAGAACAGGUCCAUUGCCUCUCGGGGAUUUGCUUUUUAUAUAUUUGUAGUACUGAUGAUGAACAAAUAAUCACGACCUACUUUUUAAAAAUGUCUCUCUCUUUCAAAAGUGUGAUUUUUGCGUGUAUUUUGGUCUGCUAUAAAUAAAAAUUCCUUUUAUCAUAUAUUUCAAUGAGCUUUCAUCCCUUUUAACGAGAUCCAUAUUUUUAUGUAAUCUCUCCCUCACUGUUCUUUAUUCUGCGCGAAAUUAGCAUUCAUUUGCAUGCUGUAUAAUAAUUCUCUGUGGGCAGCAUCCGGCAAUCAAAACAGCCACAACACGGUAACGCAUCGUGAGAAACAACAGUAAAUUAAAGAUCACAUCGAUAACUUGCUGGGUAAUUGAAUAGACGUUUCAAUUAUACUGGGGAUAUUAUCAAAUAAGAAGAAUUGACGAAAGAAAAAGGAUCUGAUAUUAUUCUUUAUGGUGAUAUGAAUUAAAGAAGUCAAAUAUUUGAAGUGUCUUGUGUGUGGGUAUCGAAAGGUGAGUUCGCAAUAUUUACCGUUUACUCAAUAAAAGUUUCUAUGUAUAUAGAAGUCUGUACUGAAAACAGGGUAAGUUCUCAUAAUUUGUAAUACGGUUUUGCGAAAUGUUAACUGAACAUAAGCGAUGACUGUAUUAUAUCAUCUAAAUGAAGGUGGUGAAGUUUAUUACUGAUCAUAUAUUAUAUUAUAAUAUAGUGUAUUUGCAUAAACACGUUACAAACAUGAAGAAAGAUAUGGUCAGAAACUUAACACGAUGUUCAGCGUUUUUAAUUUUUAACCGCAGUUUUACGAAAGAAGAUUAGUUGAUAAAACUGUAGCCUAUAGUAAAAGAUUAAAGAUACAAAAAAAUUCCGAAGGAAUUUGAAAAUUUUCUCAAAAUCUUAUGGCAUUAAGAUCUUUUCAUGAGAUUGUAGGCAGGGUUUUUUCUUCUCAUUGCAUGCCCUUGCCGGAAACUAUUUUCUCUCCAUCAACUUAAAAUUUCAUUUUCACUUUUUAGUAAAAUAGUUUAUAUGAAAAUGGAUUUCGUGGUAUGGUUUUCAACUUGGAUUUGUUGGGUUUUAUUUUGUCUUCCAUUGUGCAGCAGUAAGAAAGGUUCGUAAAAACAUGGGUUUUUUGUGCUCAUGACAGUUUUAAUUAAAAUACUGACCUAAUUUUUCAUUGCAUUUAGAAAUUAUUGACAAUGAUAUUUUGGAAAGUACGAGCUUCCAGACUUUUAAUGUAAAUGGCAAAGGCGAAGGGGUGGGUAUAAAUAUAUAAUUGUAUUUAAACUGUAGUACAAUUGUAGUAUAAUAUUCAUCUUUGCAUCAACUACAUUUAGUGGUCAUUUAUAAUGGACGAACAACACGUUAAAACCUGUGGCAUAGGAUCAACUGCAGACUUUUGGUUUGUUACCAAAUUUGUGGAUCUGGGUUCAUCGUAUGCUGACGUGAUUUAUGUAGAUGUUGAGGCAGGAUUUAUCCUGUGUGAUGACCCUGGUACUAGGAAAAAAGUGCAGUGUUUUUCCAACUAUUUCGAGGUGUACAUCAAUCGUGGAAAGGAUAAGCCUGUCGUAAGUGAAGAUAACCUCCUUAAACUAUUUUCUCCAGUUCAUAACAUCACAAACAAUACCUCACUCAGCACAACUCUAUCUAAACAAACCCAAACCUUUUCCUUCAACCCAAAUGAUACUAAAGGUGUGACAUUCGCAGUAAGAUCCAAAGGAGCGUGUGGAAAGAUAUUGAAUAUGACAAUGUAUUACUACUACUGUGAGGAAACCUAUAUCCACAGUGUCAGACUGAAAAGGACUGCAUCGCCUAUGAGUGGAUCUAAGCUUGUCACGGCUAAUUGUUCUCAGAACUCGCUGGCUUCAAAUAAUAUGACGAGACUUGAAGGUUACUGUUACAGUAACGGAUCCUGGAGUAUGAAUAAUGAUUUUGAAUGUUCGUGCAUCGAAGGACACGAAUCUAGUACCAACACCGGAUGCUCACGUAAGUUUAUUGUUAAGAAAAACAACAACAACAACAAUAAAAGAAGCAGCAACAACAAGAACGACAACGACAACAUACAGCAACAACAACAUGAACUCCAUUUAGGUACUGUUUAUUUCCUUUGUGUAAUAUUAGGUUUUUUUCAUACAUAGUUUGCAAGUCUGACAGUUUCAAACAAAAUGUAUCAAACACCGAAUGCACCAAAUGUCCUCCAAGAAGUACAAGUAUCGAGAACAGAACCAGUUGUACAUGUAGAGAUGGUUAUUACAAGAGUCCCUUGGAUCAAAAUGUCUUGUCCCCUUGUUACGGUAAGCAGAAUUGUACACAAUCAUUACAUUGCCAUUUCAUGAACUGGCUUCAAUAUCACCGAUCUACACCGAGAAAGAAUCUACAGAAUGAGAGAUUUCUUAUAUGCAAAAUGUUCAGAUAAAUAAGUAUAUAUACUUUUAUUCCUUAGUUAAACGUUCAUUUAUUAAUGCACGUCAUACUUUUCUAGGACUACCUAAAUUGAAAGAAAGGCCAAUGAUUGAAAUUAACAAAACUAGUGCACACAUAACCAUAACAUGGUCUAAACCUGAUACAACAGAAAGUCUGAAUGAAAUGAUCUCAUAUGACGUUGAAUGCUUCUUAUGUGAGGAAAAGAUAUGCAAGUCACCAUGUAGUACAAAUGUCAUGUUCAUUCCUUCAAAUGACGAUUUGCAUAGCACAUUCGUCGUGGUUACCAAAUUACAACCUGGUCGAACCUACGUGUUCCGAGUGUAUCCGAAGAACAUUCUGAAUAAGAGGAUUCCAAAAGACAAAUGGAAUUUUUUGGAAACUGAACAUUUCACACAUCAAUCAUCCAGUAAGAAGUUUUGCUUUUGUUUAUUUUUAGUUGUAUUAGCCAUGCCAAAAUUGUUAUAUUGGGUAAAUAUAAAGUGCACAAAUCGAUUAAAUUGAAUUCCUGAUUUAAUCAACAAAAACCACUAUUACUUCUUGCUUAUAUGAGCUAUGUUUUUCUAUUUGCCAAAACCAACAGAACAACCAAACUCGGAAGGAGGAAGUGAUAAAACUGGAAGCAUUGUUAUUGCUGUAAUAGCCGUGGUGCUGUUCGCACUGAUUAUUUUAUUAGUGAUUUUUGCAUUUAGAAGGUAAGCCUAAACCAUUUGCUGUACUCUUUUUACAAUCGCCUGCAUGGUUAAUUAAAUCAACAAAUGGAAUGUUCUUCGAGUUGAUUGCCGCCUUACAUCGCGGUAAUCUCUGACAAGAUCAAUAAGACCGUUGUAUUAUUUGCAUGACAAAAAUACAUUAAGGACCGGAGAAGUCUAGAUAAUAUAAGUGUUUUUCUAAGAGGGGGUCCAUAAUUAUUUUUAAUUAAGGCGAGGAACUAAGAAGAACAAACCUUUACGGACAUUUCUGAACAAUGGAGGUAAGAUUUACACUUUGAGAAUAAUUAUAAGAACUUUAUGGUAUUGAAUUUUAUUCUACAAUAUUGGUUGAAUGGUUAAGCUAUGCCGCGCAAAGUUGAUGCAUGUCUAUAUUAUACACUAGUUGAUUUACCAAAUGCUGGUAUGAAGCCGUAUGUGGAUCCUACCAACUACUCAAACGCCGAGGAAGCUGUCGAGGAGUUUGCAAACGAACUUGAUCCACGUUUUAUUUUCUUGGAAAGAUUAAUUGGUGGAGGUAAGUUUUUGUUUACAUCCAAGAAACGUGGAGUGCAUACAAAGAGUGCAAAUGAGAAAGGGAAAAGGGGAAAUAUUUGAAAUACGAAGAUAGAAGGGAAUGACAAAAUGGCAGGGAAUAUAAAUUGGAUAUUCAAAAUAUCAAAUAUUUUCAUUUUAUUUCUUCUUGAUCAGGUGAAUUUGGGGAUGUUUAUAAAGGAGAGUUGACAGGUAGUAAUGGAAAGAAAAUCCAAAUUGCAGUAAAAACGUUAAAGGUAUGCACGGUUGAAUUUCACAUGGCAAAUAAUAUUAUUUUAAAUCUUUUACAUCUUCCACCUUAUCCAUCCAAAUCCAUCUUAUCUUCACUUUCUAUAUACAGAUCAAGACACGAUUUAUCUUAUUGCUACACUGUUAUUGAGCAGAGUAGCGAGCAAAAAAUGAUCGAUAUUAAACAUUUUCUUUCGUUUGCUCUAAUCUAGCAUGAUGCGUCGUCAAAGAGUUCAAGGGACUUCAUGUUAGAAGCCUCGGUCAUGGCUCAAUUUGAUUAUCCAAAUGUUGUGAAGAUGGAAGGUGUUAUUACUAAAAGUAAGUAUCCAGCAUAAUCUCCAAAGAUAAUAUUAUGAUGAUUUGGAAGUCUGGCAAACUUCAAAUCUACAAAAUAGAAGACUUUUGUACUCACCCGUACCUCACUGUUCACAACUCCUUUGUCUCAAACUUCAUUGAAUAUUUUUCAUCAUGGUUGCACAAAAACAUAACAGACUGACUUCUAUUCAGUUUCCAGACCAUCAUAAUCGACAGACUGAAUAUAAAAGUUGAUAUUAAUAUUUAAUUAAAACUUAUACAUUUUCUUACAGCAAAACCUCGCAUGAUUGUGAUCGAGUACAUGUCUAACGGAUCUUUAGACAACUAUCUCAAGGUAAUGGGGAUAAAACAUAUAGUAGUAUUACUGAGCACUGAUGAGGAUCCGGACUUACGGAUCGAAAGCUUUGCAGUAAUAAAUCUACGUGGUGCUUCCACAAACAAAACUACUAUAUAUCUCAAGGUAAUACUUCAGUUUAGAUCAACUACAAACUGCAUUAUUGUUCUGACAAAUUCCUUUUAUCUUCCAUUAUUUUCAGAAUAAUGAUGGAAUGUUGACACGACUACAACUGCUUGGUAUGGCAAGGGAUGUGGCUGCUGGGAUGAAUUAUCUCGCUGAGAUUAAAUUUGUUCACAGGGUAACGUCUUUAUUCAUUUAGAGGUUAAUACGUGAUCAUUUUAGAGGAUAGCCCUUAGAAGAGCUAAGCUAAAAGCAGUUUGGAACUGAUAAGGCUAUCAGGAUACAAUAAUAGCGUUGAAGGUUUAGUUUAGGUUUCCUCCAAUUGUAGUAACACUGUACCAAUAAUUAAGGGUGGACCUCUAUAUGGAAAACAGUUUAGAACUGAUACCGAGCUAUGACAGGACCUCUGUAAGAACAGCUGUAGAAUUGGAUAUGAUAGGGCUGCCAAAUAUAAAUACAUGAUAUAAAUAUAUAGUUUUAAAAUUAAUUUGAAUUAUUAUAUACUCCUGUAGGAUUUGGCAGCAAGAAAUGUAUUGGUGAACGAUGCAAUGCUUUGCAAAAUAUCUGACUUUGGCCUUUCUCGGGAACUUGAAACCACAGAAACUCAGUCCCUCGGAGAAUACGCGACCACUGUAAGUUUGCAGGGAUGAAUCACUAAUGAACACUGAUGCCGAGAAGAAUGAUUAUGAUAUAACAACACUAUUUUUAUCUAUUUUAGGGAGGAAAGAUCCCUAUUCGAUGGACGGCUCCAGAAGCAAUCAAAUAUCGUAAAUUCUCAACAGCCAGUGAUGUCUGGAGUUUUGGUAUUCUACUUUGGGAGAUUAUGUCAUUUGCUCAAAGACCGUACUGGGAAUGGGAUAACUUUAAAGUAUGUUUUGUACAAAAAUAGGUGAUGGCUUUGUAUAAAUGGUUUUCCAUACAAAAUGAUGGUUUUGUAUUCAAAUAGUUUGAUGAAAUUUUGUGGAACAGUAAACAAUAAUUUACAAGUGUUUUAUCUGUUAUUUGAAGGAAGAGCAGAGAAUCUAAGAUGAAUUAUUUUCUAAAAAUUUAGGUAAUGGAGGAAGUAGAUGAUGGCUUCCGUCUUCCCUCACCUCAGGUUCGCAGACUUUGUUUAGUAACUUUACUUUUCAAAAUGUUUAGUAACUUUAGUUCUCAAUGGAUUUUAAGUUGAUCUUAUUCGAAAAAGUUCUUAAAUCUGUUACAUAAGUUAUUUUUUUAGCUUUUAUUUCAUCAUGUAACUUCGUUUUAAAAAUAUUUCGGUUGUUGAUAUGUAAGUAAGAUGACUCAAUUGGCAUGAUUUCCGUCGUACUUUCUGAUUUUUCAGUUUCAAAUUCUCACAAUAACAUAUUUAUUCUUUAUUCAGAAAGUCUGUUUCAGCUUUUGAUAGUUUUAGUUUAAUGUUGCCGGAAAUUUUCAGUUUUGAAAUUCAUGUACAUAUCAAAUGUCAUCAAACAUUAACAAACUGGAAUUCUUUGAAAAUAUUGCCGAUGUCAUGUAAUUUAUCUAACAUCUUAAGCUUUAUACGUGGUAUACCAUGCAUGGCCAGGUUCAUGAAAAUUACAUUAAUUAAGGGACGGUAUUGUCAAUAAUUUUUAACUGUUUCUAUUUCGUCUCAGAAAUGUCCCUUUGGAGUACACAGCCUCAUGCUUCAGUGCUGGAAAGCUGAGCGGGGUGGAAGACCAAGUUUUGCUCAGAUAACUAUCGUCAUCGACAGAUGGAUCAGAUCUCCUGAAACAAUGGACGACGAGGCUAACUUUUUUAUCACAAUUAGUAAGUCAUGAUCGAUGAUUGUCUCUGCAUGCAUGAGUCGAUAUAUAGGUACCAUUGUUUCUGAGUCUUCACUUGAAAAGACAUCUAAUUAUAUAUACCGUUGACCCAAAUUGCAUAGUAUGUAUCAAUGCACCCUUCUGGAAAGUAUGUCACUUUGACCAUAAAGCCUCGUUUUCGUACAGGAAGGAUGUAUUGGCAUCGUCUUGUCAAAUCCCUCAACCCGAUGGUUGAAAUAUUUCAAAAGAUUAAUUUAUGGAUGGUAAAAUUAUUUGAACAUAAACUAGCUUAUUAUAGAGACUCUGAAGUUUCUGGUAAAAAGGUCACGAUCAGUAACACAGUUUAAUUCUAUUUCUAUGAACUUAUAGGUGAUUGGCUAACAUCGAUCAAGAUGGGCAGUUAUAAAACAAUGUUUAUAGAAGCUGGUUACACAAAACAGUCAGAAAUUAUUGACUUAACUGAUGCAGAUUUAAAAACUAUUGGAAUCACAUUGAUUGGACAUCGUAAUAAAAUCAUGAAAGGUAUUGAAACUCUCAGAGCUAGAAAGAGCAGGCAGCCAACGCCAUUACUACCAAGAUCAGGCACUCCUCUAUGAAUAAUGCUGGUAUACCUUUUACUAUUGAAAAUAUAUUUUUACUCUAUCCAAUGUCAGAAUAAUGGAAGAUGAUCUUUGCUAUAAUUGUACUAUAUUUACUAUAAAUUGUAGUUAAUCAUAGCCGACCGAUUCGAAAAAAUGGUUGUCAUUCUUUUUUCUUCCGAUCAAUGUAAUUAAUUUCAACCAACGGAUAAUCACUGUCGCCUUAUAGAAUACUUCAAGACUAACAAUUUUACAAAAUAAAAAUACAUUACCAUGCAAGUAUUCUCUUUGAGAAACUACAUGUUAAAAAUACCGAAGUUUAUGCUAUAUAGCUUUUUUGCAAAUUUCAAAGGGCUAUAACUUCGCUUGCAUGGAUUGUUUUCAAUCUUUAACUUUUACACUUUGCUUUAAAUAACAGUCCCUGUUGAAAAAUUGUUUACUAGCCCGGUAAUGCAUAAAAUAUAAAGCAAUGGAAAAUCGUGGUAGCUAGUUUUCGAAUCGGUCAGUAUUCAUACAAAAUAAAUCUACAUAAACAUGAAGCGUUUGUAGUAUGCUGAUACAACGAUACCGCUAAUGGAAGAAUUUUCUUAACUCACUAAGACGAUCAGGCACAUCGCCUCACUGUCGUGAAUAAGUAAAACUUUGAUUUCAAACGCAUCAGUGAAAAAAGACUAAUUUCAUUAUUUAAUACUGCAUAUAUGUCUUGUGGUGUAUAAGUUGUAUAUCACGAAACUAAACAUAGAAAAUUGGAAAUUUCCCAUAAAUUAAAAGAAAGAUAUGUAAAUAGAACUCCAAUUAUUAAUCGAAGAAAUGGAACCGUUCACAUAUACAGACGAAGAGUUUCGCUCGAAAAUGGUCGAGGUUUCUCUUUGUUCACAAAAGUCGGCAAAUGAAUGAGUAGGAAUGUUGAACAUAUUUAUGGUAAUUAUAUAAAUAAUGUAUAGUUUUAUAUAUAGUAUAUGCACAAUUUCUAAUUUUUGUAGCUACCAGUAAAUUUUUGUAAAUCACUAUUGAAUGUUAUUAAUGGGAUAUCUUGAGUAGUAUAUCUGAUUGCACAUUUUUAUUAAUUAACUUCAAGUAUACAAAUGUAACUGAAAAUAUUUUAAUUAAUUUAAAUGGGAAGACCGUUAACAACAAAUGAAAAUCUGAGCGAAAUAUUAAAAUUAUUUAAAGAAGAAUUUAAAGUGAAAAGACUGAAUUUUAACUCGUGCGACUGAGCUCUAUACAAAGUACUUUUUUGUAUUUGGUAAAAUUCCGUAUGUUUUAAAAUGUGGAUGGCUGGUCAUGGUUAAUGAACACUGCUCUCAUAGCAAAAUGCGGAUAUAGAUUUAUGUCUCCUGUUCAUGAGUUAGGGUCAGCGGUUAGGAAGGAUAGGUCAGCAUUCAACGCUAUUAGAGACCUUACGAUUUUAGGACGGCAACGCGACGGCGACAGCCAAAACAAACUCCUUCAAAUAAAUGUUAGUAAAGAUAGUUCGUCGUAUAUCAUAAUAUACGACGAACUAUCUUUACUAACAUUUAUUUAAAUGAAUUUAAUACAGUCUUAGAAGUUGAAGACAUGGGUUUUAUGGUUGGGAAGAGUUCUGCUAAACCCAGUUUGAAGUUGCACUUGUUGUGGCGUGGAAUGCAGCCGUUGUAUCAACACGUGAAAAUCUGUGAUUUAGCGUUGUAAACAGAGCGAGGACAAUGUCUAAAUUAUUCACAUAUUGUAAUUCAAUGAUCUAUUGUAUUGUUAGCCGUUGUCGUCGCGUUGCCGCCCUAAAAUC